GUUUUUAGUCGCUUGAAGAAGUUGUUGAUGAGGUUUAUGCUCAGAAGUACUGUCACAGUAAUACAGAAAAAAAGCUGGAGCUGCAUUGUUAUCUUUUAAAAAGCUGAAAUAUCUUCAGUAUGCAGUUUCCUGUUCUUCUCUUCAUCUCAUCUGUUUCAGCAGUAGUUGGGAUAGUGAGUGUACUAGUUACCAAACCUGUGAUUUCCUACUGCCACCAGGCUAUCACUCUGCACUGCAAUGUUUCUCUAUUUGAUGCAAAGGACCAUGAACUCCAGGUUACUCAUCUGAGCUGGAUUAAAGAAUCAAAUAAAACAGUAUGCUCAGAAAGCAUGACAGCAAAGAAAGGUUCCAUUUACUGCCAAUACAUGCCAAACAAACAGCUGGUACUAAAUAUUGCCCACCCAAAAUCAGAUGACAUCGGACGCUAUAUCUGCAAACUCCGAUCCUCCUAUGGACAUGCAAGUGCUGAUACCAAUGUUACACUGGAGUGUCCUCAGGAAAUUGUACAGAUAAAUGAAGAUGGAAAAAACAGGGUGACAUGCAAGGUUGGGAAGUCAAACCAUCAUGGCCGUAUCCACUGGUUUAAUGGAAAAGACAAUCUAACAAGCCAGUCAACCCAGGACAUAAGUUCUGCUGCUGAUGGAUCAUAUACAGUGGUUAGUUCUCUCAGUCUCAGUUUAAACUUGAGAACGUAUAACUGUUCUUACUGGGUACCUCAAAUUGAGCAAUAUAUGAUAAGCAAGCUCAUUGUUAUGGAAUAUAAUACACAGUCUAAAACAAAGUCUUUCAGCAGUUACAGUUGCAGUGGUCUAGUCUUCUGUUUGUGUCUCCUUUGGAGUCUCAUUCAGCAAUAAUGGAAACAAUGGUAGCAUUAACUCCAAAAAUCUAAUUUUGAACUUUCAGAUUAACAAACACAUUACACACCACUCAAACCUACAAAUCAAAGAUACCUAUCCCAUGCCAAAGACUUGGCCUGCUUAGUCACAGUGAGGUAAUCAGGAGGAAGUAGGAUACACGGGCCUAUUAUUUCUACACACAAUAAGAACUGACAGUAAAAUUAAAAUGUCCGGAAAACCAACCUUUGUGCAAGAUCUCAAAGAAAGAUCAAGGAACACCAACUUCCCCAACUUUUCUCCUCGACUCCACCAUUUCCCUCUCACUCUUCUCCCCCACUAGGCUCAAGAAGGCCUAUACCACAUAUGAUUUAUCUCGUGAAUCUGUUGUUUUUCUCCUUUCAUGUGUGAUAUCAUUUUAAGUUCAAGUUCAAAUUAAAUUUUCCUGAAUUUACUCACCCCCAUGUCAUCCUAGAACUUCAGUCGAAAAGAAAUUAAGGUUUCUGAUGAAAACAUUCCACGAUUAUUUUUCUUAUAGUGGACU